AUGGCAUUGACCAAGGGGAUAGCCACGAGAGAAGAGGAAUUCCACGGCGUUCUGAUCGCUGGCGCCGGAAUCUGCGGCCUUGCAACUGCGCUUGCUCUCCACAUAAAAGGUAUAGAUAGCCUCGUUCUUGAGAGGGCCGAGAGCCUGAGGGCGACGGGGGCAGGUAUCAGCUUGAAGGCCAAUGGGUGGCGUGUGCUCGAGCAGUUGAAGGUUAGCGAGGAGCUGCGGAAGCUGGCCGUGCCUCUUACUGGAAUGGAUAUGAAGAACAUUCGUAGUGAUAAGGUGAUUAUGGUACCAUACAGGAAUGAGUGUCGGUGCGUGAAAAGAAGCGACCUUGUCGAAACACUGGCCAGACAUUUACCAGCAGGAUCUAUCCGCUUUGGAUGCCAGGUGGAAGAAAUUUCUCUCGACCCCGUCACCCGCUAUCCAAUCGUCUCAACAAGCAAUGGCUCUAUCAUCAGAGCAAAGGUGUUAAUCGGUUGCGAUGGAGCGAACUCAGUGGUGUCGAAGUUCUUGGGUUUGAAGCCAGUGAGAUUCUUGCCUCUGUGGGCAGCGCGGGGCUUGACUACCUUCCCAGAAGGCCACAGCUUCAGGAACAAGUUUCUCAACUUAGUGGGAAAGGGUAUGACCUUUCGGCUCGUACCUAUAGAUGAUAAAACUAUAUACUUCUCCGCAAUCCAGUCUAGACUUCCCAAAGGGUGCGCCAAUAGUAGGGAUCCCUCGCUGAUCCGGCAGGUGGCCCUGCAGGCAAUGCAGGGGUACCCUGAGGAGAUCCUGGACGUGGUGCGAAGCUGCGAGAUAGAAUCGGUGACCCUGGCACAGAUCUGUUACCGGGCACCAUGGAACAUGCUCCUCCAGCCGUUCCAGGAGGGCACGGUGACCGUCGCAGGCGACGCCAUGCACGCCAUGGGGCCGUUCAUCGGGCAGGGUGGAUCCGCCAGCUUGGAGGACGCGCUUGUUCUCGCCCGGUGCUUGUCCGAGACAGCAAUCGGCGAUGACCGGGAACCGGCUCGGAGCGUCCAAGAGGUGCUCAGGUCAUACGUGAAGCAGAGGAGGUGGAGGAUCCUGAGGCUGUGCGUGCAGGCUUUCCUCAACGGACAACUCAUCGUCGCGUCUUCGAAGCUCAAGAAGGUGGUGGUCAGGACAGUCGUGAAGGUGCUCUUCAAAGGGAGCACUACCAGUCAGUGGCACGAUCAAUACGACUGCGGCUCCCUGUAGGACGCGCGCUGAUUCGUUAUGCAUCG